AUGGGCAGUUUUGGUAGUCUGACCAACGGCAGCUGGGACGGAAUGGUUGGAGAACUGUUAAGAAGGUGUUGUAAAACUACUAGUGAGACAGAAAAGACGGCUAUCCCCUGCAGUAUCAUUGAUGCAUCCUAUGUGGUGGUCUCUCCAACCAUCAAAUUCCUCCUCACAAUAUUUCAUCAAAAAGAGAAUCAACAUUUACGGGGACGCACUUGA